CGCCGCUACCCGAACUCGUCCCUCUUGAUGCCAACCUCAGUCAGGGAAGGAAAAAGGGAGGAAGAAGGGAAGAGAAAAAUCCAGCUGCAGAGACCCGGGUCCACUCACACCUCCGCUACCGCCGCCAUCUUCCUGCCUGGCCCACUAUUUACCCUCCCCUCCCUUCACCACUCCCCGCCCCUCCGUCCUCCCAUUCUCCCCCUAUUGCCCGCACAUGCCAAGAGCUUGAGAUUCCCCUCACCUAAGCUUCCUACCUCCGGCCUUCUCCGGUGACUAUGGGUAGAAAGAUAGUAAAAAAAGAAGACAUUUUACAUUUACACCAUGUAUAGCACAAAGGAAAAGAAUGACAAUGACAAAGAUGAUCUUCUGCUUACGAUGGGACUUAAUGAUAAUAAAGCAGGAAUGGAAGGAUUAGAUAAAGAGAAGAUUAACAAAAUUAUAAUGGAGGCCACAAAGGGAUCCAAAUAUUAUGGAAAUGAACUCAAGAAGGAAAAACAAGUCAACCAACGAAUUAAAAAUAUGAUGCAACAAAAAGCUCAAAUUACCAGCCAGCAACUAAGGAAAGCACAAUUACAGGUUGACAAAUUUGCAAUGGAAUUAGAACAGGGCCGGGAUUUGAACAAUACCAUAGUGCAUGUUGACAUGGAUGCCUUCUAUGCAGCUGUAGAAAUGAGGGACAAUCCAGAAUUAAAGGAUAAACCCAUUGCUGUAGGAUCAAUGAGUAUGUUGUCUACUUCAAAUUACAUUGCAAGGAGGUUUGGUGUUCGUGCAGCCAUGCCAGGAUUUAUUGCUAAGAGACUCUGCCCACAACUUAUCAUAGUGCCCCCAAACUUUGACAAAUACAGAGCUGUGAGUAAAGAGGUUAAGGAAAUACUUGCUGAUUAUGAUCCCAAUUUUAUGGCUAUGAGUCUUGAUGAAGCUUACUUGAAUAUAACCAAGCACUUACAGGAAAGACAAAAUUGGCCUGAGGACAAAAGAAAGUAUUUUGUCAAAACUGAAAAUGCCAUAGAAAAUGAUCAACCAGAAAAGGAAGUGGAUAAACUGAGUGAGCAUGAACGGACCAUCUCUCCACUACUUUUCGAAGAUAGUCCUCCUGAUUUGCAAACCCCAUCGAACUUUGAAGAACAAAACAAUCCUCAAAUACUACAGAAUUUAGUUGUUUUUGGAACAUCAGCUGAGGAAGUGGUAAAGGAAAUUCGUUUCAGAAUCAAGCAAAAAACAGCACUGACGGCCAGUGCAGGAAUUGCCCCCAAUACAAUGUUGGCAAAAGUUUGCAGUGACAAGAAUAAGCCAAAUGGACAAUAUCAAAUUCUCCCCAACAGACAAGCUGUGAUGGGCUUC